AUGAGUAACAGUCUGGAAGAGCGCGUGAAGCUUAAUUCCAAUGCUUUCGAGGGUCUGCUCUCGCUUAUACCUGCAAAAUACUACUACGACGACAAGACGCAGGAGCAAUGGAAAGCCAGGAAAAAGUCGAAAGCGGAUGCCAAGCGCGAUAAACGGCGUAAGCUCGACCCGGCGCAGCAGAAUCAGGAGUCCGCGUCUGCGCUGGAGGUCAUGAAAAUGCGUGAAAAGACCGCCAAACCGGUAGUUUUGCCCGGGGCCGCGCGUGCACGCGCAGACGCCAGGGAAAGCGAUGGCGAAUCUGGCUUGGAGUCCGGCCUGGAGUCCAGCCCGCAGCGCGAGAGCUCUGAGGGCUCUUCGGGCGCUGCUGAGGCGGGCGCUGCUGGAGCCGGCGCUGCUGAAGCCGGCGCUCCCGAGCCGGACGCAUCUCACAGCGGCGAUGAAGUUGAGAGUCUCGAUUUUAUCUUUGACGACGAGGGCAACGAAGUGCGCGCAGAGGAGCCCGCCACAGCGCCUGCCAAUCCCCCUGCUGAGCCCGUCCUCGAAGCUCCUGCUGCAGUGCAGCAAAACAAGCAGAAAAACCUAGAUAGACUACGCGAAAAAUUGCAGGAAAAACUGCGCAUGAUGAAAGAGAAGCGCAAGGCCCCCGGAAGCCAGGCGGAUGGAGCGCCUUUGUCAAGAGACGCCAUUUUGGCGCAGCGCAAGAGAAGGCAGGCUUUAAAACGUAAGAGAGCCGACGACGAAAAACAAAACGAGGAACAAAAUAGCGAUGAUAGCGAUUCCAAUUCCGACAGCGACGACGACAUGGGUGCCUCUGGGAAGCCCGUGGACGACGAAGACCUUGCUCGGGGCGUCAUGUUCCAAAGCAUCGAGUUUGAAGACGGAGAUCGGACCACAUCAGAUCUGCAGCGUCUUCGCAAGAGCGGGAAAAAGAAGGGCCCCGCCAAGAACGACAUAAAAGCGCAUUUAAAGCUUGCCGAAGCGAGAAGAGCCAAGCUUGAAGGUAGAGAAGAACUGGAACAGAUCCAAACCAAAGAGAAAGAAAAAUGGCAAAGAGCAAUGCUACAGGCUGAAGGUCAAAAAUUCAGAGACGACGAAAAAUUACUGCGUAAGGCCUUGAAGCGCAAAGAGAACAAAAAGAGAAAGUCUGCCCAAGAAUGGCGCGAUAGGGAGCAGAACGUUGCGACCCAAAUCUCAGAAAGACAGAAAAGACGUGAGGAAAAUUUACAAAUACGCAGAGACAACAAGGGCAAGAAGAGAAAUUCACGGGAAAAAAUGAAGAGAGGUUUUAAAGGUCCAAACCCGUCCAAGAAAAGGGCAGGCUUCGAAGGUCGUCUUAAGAGCGGUAAGAAAAAAUAA